UGGCUGAUCACAUAUAUCGACCUUGACAUAAUGUUUUCCAAACCCAUUUACAAUAAUAUAAAGUAUCCACAGCCUCAAUACAAUCGUCAACUGGCAUCGAUUACCCGACUUCCAAGCUUCAGUGAGGUGAUAACGCAAAUUCCUUUACCAACUGAAUUCCCCUUAAGCAAACCAGCGGGCGUGAGUGUCACCCCUGUCAGUGUGACACCCGCCAUAAGCAUUACUCCUGGAAUUGGAGCCCGUCUGCUUUCACCAGCUUCUCCCUACCCUGUGCUGUAUUAUUACAGUUAUGGGUACGGAGCUCCAACGGUGGCUGCCGCUACAGCCCCUAGUGUGCUGCCUGCCAGGAGCGUGUCGCCCAAAACAUUAUUGCCCACUCCUCCCCCCACCAUGACAGCUGUCACCUCCACCUCCACUACCACUUCCACCGCCACCUCUCCAAAGGCCAUUGGCUCUCCAGUGGUAAUCCACAAACGCAAACAUGUAUGUAAGAUCUGCUCUCGGUCCUUCACCACCUCCGGUCACUUGGCGCGUCACAACCGUAUCCACACUGGUGAACGCAAGCACGUCUGCCCGUGGUCCAACUGCGAUGCCCGCUUUGCUCGUCAAGAUAAUUGCAUGCAACAUUACAAAACACAUACCAAUGGCAAGAAACGCAAGAACAAUUUGAGUUUCAAGAACAGGUCCAUCAACUCCAAAAGUAUCUAACGACAUCACGACACCUUCUUUACUUUUUCUAUAUAAACUGAAGCUGGAGCUUCAAUUGGGAAUCUAUGGUUAUAGAUGAGAAAUGUACACUACGAACACCGUAAUUAUGUUUGGGCACUGCGGAGUGCUAGAGCUGGCAUGCCGGGUUUUAAGGUGCAGCCUAAUAUCCAAGCAUUCUGGCCGGUUUCAUGCCGGUAUGCCUUGGGCUCUCAUAACAGGAUAGACUGGGUUGGCUGCGGCGAGGUUUUUGUUGAGUGGGGCUUAAGACCGCAGGAUCAUUGACACUUAAACGCGCCUGCUGUUUCAAAUAGUGUAAGCAUUGAUGGAGUAAUUGCAAUGGAAGUCAUCGCAAUAGAAAUAUCUCAAAAUAGUAUUGCGAGAAUUCUGUUCAGAACUCAGCCAGCUUAAUCCGAAUGUCCCUACCGAUGGCUGCAACCUUACCCUCGGUAACUGCAACAUCUCAACGGCUCUGGUUCCCAUCCCUGGCCAGCCCUGGUUCCCGUCCCUGAACAGCUCUGACUAUUUGCUAAUGCGACGUUUACAUUAUGCUGCGGGUGCUACCCUUUGAGGAAACUAGGUCCCAGUGGCACUGGAAGUCUCUCUGCUGGGCCGACAAGGCUCAAAAGACCCAUAGUGUUUGUGGAUGGUGGUGGUUUUGUUGUGACAAUGCCACGGCUUUUGUGACGUUAUUUUGCUGUAAACGAACGAAAUGUGCCGUGAAACCAGAAUAGUUAGCUGCAAGUCUGGAGCCUAUGCCAGCCGUGACGCAACCGACAUGUGAAUGGUAAGACAAUGGGUGACCUACCAUUACCUUAA